GCUGGGAGGGAGGCCAGGCUUCUCUCUCUUCUCAUAUCGGACCGCAGACUCCCAAACGCAACGAAGUGUUCCAGUUCCAAAGACUGAGCUGACACAGACAAGUGUUAGCAAGAGCGCCGGAAGAGUGAAGAGGGGAGUUCCUAUGGGGAAUCAGAAGCAGAAAUGGACGGCGGAGGAAGAAGAAGCAUUACUCGCCGGAAUAGCCAAGCACGGUCCCGGCAAGUGGAAGAACAUUCUCAAGGAUCCCGAGUUUGCGCCUUUCCUCACUCACCGUUCCAACAUUGACCUCAAGGAUAAAUGGAGGAACUUAAGUGUUAAUACUGCUGCUCAAGGUUCUAAAGAUAAAGCAAGGAAUCCUAAGAUUAAAGCUGUUCUGCCUGCUUCAGUUACUAGCAUUCAAAAUGCUACUCCUACUGCUCCAGUUCGCCAAAGUGCAACUUCUGAUACUGCCGUUGAUGAUGCUUCUCAUAAAGCACAGGAUGUGAAGAAUGCUCCACGGUAUAAUGGAAUGGUCUUUGAAGCCCUGUCAACUAUAAAAGAUACUAAUGGUUCAGACAUAAAUACCAUUGUCAGUUUCAUUGAGAAAAGGCACAAGAUACCUCCAAAUUUCAGAAGGGCAUUAAGUACGAGGUUGAGGAGGCUCGUUGCUCAAGGGAAACUUGAGAAGGUACAAAAUUGUUACAAGAUAAAAAAGGACCCCCCUUCUGGGGAAAAAACAGUUCCAACGAAACAAAAAGACAUCUGGCAACAUCAACCACCAGCCUCUAGUGUAGUGCCUUCUUAUGAGACCGCUAAGGAUGCUGCUGAUACUGCAGCCUACAGACUUGCAGAAGCUGAGAAUAAGUCAUUUCUGGCUGCUGAGGCAGUCAAGGAAGCAGAAAGACUCGCGAAAUUUGCUGAAGAAGCCGAUGCAGUGUUACAACUAGUGAAAGAGAUUUAUGAACAAUGCUCGCGUGGUGAAACUAUUUUCUUGGCGUAAAGUUGGUGAAAUACAAGGUCGAUCAUAGAUUUACAUCUCUGCAUCGGUUUUUUUACCUUGUUUUCUGAUAGAUUUUUUUCCUCCUCCCGCGCAUUCAUUUGUUAUUAUUACAUCAUAAGUCAUGUUUAUAUUAGGCUAACGUAUUCUGUGCCAAACCCGUCUAGAGUUCCAUGGCGGAAGCAGUAUAUAUGAUCUGAUCAAGGAUGUUUUAUGGCUUGGAAAGAGGGUGUCUCAAUUGUAGCUUUCCUUUCGUUUUGUUUUGUUUUGUUUUUGCUUUU